UUGGUAGCGAAACGACAACUAUCGAGGGUAGGGAAGAAUUAGUGCUAACUAUGGAGAGUGUCGCGAAAGAUAAACAGACUUUACAAGAGUUGAUCAAUACUGCUUCGCAUUAUGAGGAAAUUAUACGCAGUCUGGAAAGUGGCAGAAGAACUGAGGGGGUUAGCUCGCGCGAAUCGUAUCGAUUUGCUUCUUCUACAUCUUCAAGCCCACGACGAGGCGAACUUUCGAACAUUGAUGAGAGUUAUGUGUUGGAGCUCGGCAGUAAAAUGUCGGAAGUUGAAGAACGGUUACAAAAAGCCGUCGUAUCGCAAAAGUACCAGUUGCAGGCCGAGAGAGAGCAAUUAAUUCAAGAAUUUAAGAAUAUGCAAACUCAGCUUUUACAACAUCAAAGACACCAUGAAAUGCAAAAGAAUGAAAUUUCGUCAAAAGAGACGCUUAUACAAAGACUUAAAGCUGCAAAAGCCACUUUAGAGACCGAGGUGGAAACACUCAAAAGCGAGCUGGCAGCCUGCCGAGCAGAGAGUGACAAAUAUUUACAAGAACAGAGAAAAUUUCAACAUGAUUUGACAUCUUCCAGAAGUAAAAUCUCCAAACUUGAAGCCGAGUUAGAGAACGAGAGACGGCAAAGAGAUAUGGAAAAGCGAAGAUCUCAAGAAAUUAGCUCACACAGUCACACAGAGAAAGAAGAGUUAUCCAAACUAAAAAUUCAGUUUCGAGAGCAGUACCUGCUAAAUGAGAACCACAUGAGAGAGAUCGCUGCCAAAGAUAAUCUUGUCCAGCAGCUGCGGGAGAAACUGGAGACAAGCGCGGUUGAGGUGGAAAAAUUGAAGUCAACGCGUACUGCUAUUCAAGUUUCACAAACGGAAGUUGGACGAGACCGGGAAAUUUUACAAGAGAAACUUCUCGCCUCGGAACGAAGGUUUGCUGAGUUGGAGAUUUCCUACGAAGAUUGCCGACAGAAGAACGAGAGAUUACAUCGUGAAAUGCAGGAAUACAAACAAAAGCACUUCAGAGUCGAAGCUUUGGAUGAUUCACUUGAACAAAAAAAAUUAGACCUUGAAAAUGAACUUGUAAUUGUUCGGAAGAAGUUGUCAAAGCUUGAAAGUGCGUAUGAAAGUUGUCAAAAGGAGAAGCUACAGCUUCAGCAAGAGUUAAUACCUGCAAAUACUAAAAUGGCACAGCUGAAAAACGCUUAUGAGAGCUGUCAACAACAGAAGGUCCAACUACAACAGGAAGUCCUCUCCUCGCACAAGCGGCUGGGCGAGUUUGAAGCUAAAACGGAGCGAUACAAACAAGAAAAGGCAGAAAUUCAGCGCGAUAUGAAAGCUUUAGAAAACCGAUUUAACAGAGUUGAGCAGCAACUUCAACGAACUCAGAGCGAAAAGCAAAGCCUGGUGGAGAAAUUAGAGGAGGCCAAAAGACGGCUGGUGAAUGUUUCGGAUGAUGGAAAGCAGAGAGAUAACCAAUGGUAUGACCAACAGAAGAAGUGUGAUGAUCUCAGUACAGAAGUGCAGAACAGAGACAAAACGGUGCACCAGCUUAGAGACGAAAAGGAACUACUGGAAGCUGAAAUUCAGAGAUUCAAGCAAGAUUUUGAGACGUUGAAUAGGGAGCUCGCAGCCUGUCAGCGGGAAAAAGGGAACUUGCAAAAUGAUUUGGUGAUCGAGAGACAGCGAAAUGCCGAGUUCGAAAAAGAUUGCGAACGUCUAAAACAAGAACGAGAAAAUCUUCAACGCGAGUUGAAUUCUAUGAAGGACAACAACGCACAGUGGAAAGAUAUGUGUGAAAAAAUCCAAAACGACAAGGAAAGAUUACAACAGGAAGUGUUGACGGCUCAAAGGAACAUCUCGAGGUACGAGUCGAGCCGUGAUAGCGAGAAACGAACCUCACAACAGGACACCAUGGUAUUGAGGACCAAAAUAAGCGGACUUGAAAGUGAAAUUCAAGAACUGAGAAGGAAUGAAGAAAGCUUGAAAACUAAAACGAUGGAGAUUCAGAGGUGCAAAGUGGAAUUUAGCAAAUUAGAAAGGGAGAUUGAAGAUGGCGCCAGGCGGUUCGAGCGCGUUAACAAAGAGAGUGAAAUGAAGGAGAGUCUUGUGCAGCAGUUGAAAAGGGAAAACAUGGCGCUUAAAAAAGAGCUGGACUCAGCGCUUGAUGAAUCUGGAGAUCAUUCCACAAGUUAUGUUCCCGACACAAGAACUUUUGAAGUUGAGUUGGAAUUACUUCAAAAUCAACUCGCAGACACAAAUGCGCACGUGCGAGAACUUGAGGAAGACUGUGAUUCCGGGCGGCAAAAGAACCUGCAGCUCCAAAAGGAGAUAGUUUCCCUCGAAGCGAAGAACUCCGAGUUGGAGAAAGCUUAUGGAAGACUGCAAGAACAAGAAAGAAGGCUACACCAUGAGCUUGAAAGUUGUAGAGGCAGUAUUAGCAAGCUUGAAAAAGAGAUAUUGUUCCAUCAGGACAAUAAGAGCAAAAUAGAGAGCGCUUUUGAGAAUUCAGAAUUGAGAAAAGACGAGUUGUCGAGGGAAAUACUAGAGGUACGAAAGAAGCUCUCAGAGCUUGAAAACCUUUACAAAGCUGCAAAGAACGAAGGUGAAUCAACUAGAGAAACAGAUCGGGCAAAGAUUGCAAAGCUUGAGACCCAAGUAGAAAAUUUAUCCAAGCAAAAGCAGCAGCUGCAGCAAUUAUUAGAGGAGAGUAGAGAUGCAGCUCGAAGAUACCAAGAUGAACUGCACAAGGCCCAGACGAGACUGCAAGAGCUUAUGAGAGACUCUGAAGUGUACCACAAGGAUAUUCACUCCAAGGAAACACAAAAUAAAAAGAUUCGAGUAGAAAAGGAAACUAUUGAGAGGGAACUUGAAAGUGUUCAGGUUCAGCUGGUAAACACCACUUCCAGCGUGGAGGCGUUUGAUACGGAGAGAUACGAAAUUAUGCAAGAGAUGCGCUUGGCCAAGGACAAGGUCCAGGAGUGGGAAAAUGCGUACAAGAUGCUGCAACAAGAACACGAGAGUCUAGAAAAGGAACUACGAAAUGCUCAGAAGAUGGUGAAUGAGGUGGAAAACGAGUUCAAUAAAAGCCAAAAAGAUCGACAAAAUGAAAUCCGUACCAAUCACCUGAAGGUCAGCAAGUUUGAGUCACAAGUCCAAGUGGUUCUUAAACAGCGAGACUCUCUGAAGGAACAGCUCGAAGAAGUUCGUGACGAGUUGAAGAAAACCAAAGAUGAGUAUACACAUUUGCAGAAAGAAUUUAUCCAGCACCAGCAACGAUGUGAUGCGUAUCGAAAGGAGCUCUUAGCAAAGAGUCAUCAAAUCGAUAAAUUAGAAGAUGAGAAAAACAAUUUAAUGAGGAAGAUGGAACAGAUGAGACUUGAACUGGGACAAAACGAAAUGACAGGCCAGGCUGUGAAGCAGAAGAGAGACAUCUUAGAAGACGAUUUGCAGUUAGCUGGAAAUAAGAUAACAGAGCUUGAAUAUAAUUUGACCUCACUGCGAUCAGAGAAGGAUGAGAUUCAGAAAGACCUAUACCGCGUGACCAACAAGUUGACGACUGUGGAGGACUCAUACGCCAGGGCUCAAGAAAAAGUGAAAGAUCUUGAGAUACAGUUGAAUGCUGCUCGUAAGGUCAUAGGCGAUCUAGAAGAGGAGCUAUCUAUCAUAAAGCACAAAGCUUCCCAGCUUGAAACAGAUCACGGGUAUAAAUUUGGUCAAAUCGACGAUUUAGAGGAAAAACUGGAUGCGGCUCACAGGAGUUUGUCUGAGAUCGAGUCCGCGUAUGAAUUUAGCGAGCGCGAGAAAGAAGAUCUUAAACAACAACUUACACAUGCAGAGAGAAAGGUAUCAGAACUCAGGCAGACAAUUCAGAGAAAUGAAGAAGAAAAUGAUGAUUUGGAAAGACAACUGGAUAGCACUCGACAUCGAACAACGAAGCUUGAAGGUCAGUUAAAUCAUGCGCAGAGGCAAAAAACGCAGUACAGAGAACAGUUAGAGGAUGUUAGGGCAAAGCUGUUAAAAUGCAAAGAUGAACUAGUAACAGUACAAAGUCACCUUUACGACUGUCAGCGAAGUUUAGAUGCUUUGCGGAAAGAUGCUUCCGGCAAGGACAAUACCAUAACAGAGCUACGAGGCAAGUGCUUUUCUCUUGAAACGACGCUUGGACAGACGAGUGAAACGCUCGACAAAUAUCAAACAGAGAACGACUUACUUCAACAAAGCAAGCAAGAUCUCCAAGAAGAACUUCUGCAAAAUCAAGAAAAGUUCCAAGAACUUGAAGCCAUGUACAAGCUGUGUGAACAUGAAAAGCAAAGGCUGGAGGAAGAGAUUCACUCGUUUUACAAGAGACUCGCCGAACUUCAAGGAUCUUAUCAAACGUGUGAACACGAAAAAAUGGACGCACAACGUCAAGUGAUGGUUCUGGAGCAGAAAGUGGACAAACUAGAAGCUGCUUUAGAGCAGACACAAAGAGAGAAAGCUUCCUUAGAAUAUCACUCUGGAGAUCUAAAUGUUUCAAACAAGAAGACCGUGGAUGAAUUGACUGUUGUCAAAAUUCGUUUGGAGGAAAACCAGAAAUCAGUUAGCGAGUAUUCACAUCAAUUGCUCGAGAAGGAAAGGAUUGUUGAGGAAUGCAAAUUGAAGAUAACUUCACUAACAUCUCAAAAUGAAUAUUUGAAUUCAGAAUUGACGAAGAAGAAGGAGCAAGUCUGGCAGACAGAAAAUGAUAGACGAAAGCUACAAGAGAAGUGGAGAGAAACAAGCGAUGAAGUUAUCAGGAUGAAGCCAUUGUGGGAGACUGCACAGCGCAAAAAAGAUCAACUUGAAACAGAGUUGCAGUCAAACCGAAAGAAGGUGGCAACGUUGGAAUCUGCCUUAAAGAAAAACGAAGAGAGGGGAAAUCAGACUGAAAAAGAGCUGAAUACGUGCAAAAGUAAACUAUCAGACCUCGAAACAGAGUUAAACUCUAUGCGAAAAAAGGUUUCCGUGAUGGAGUUGCAUUACGAAGAGGCAAGAAAGGAACUGGAAGAAGUGCGAGAAGAGCUAAGAGCGGCACAAGAGAAGAACACGAGGUAUUCUAUUCAGCUUGAUACAGCUCAAGGCGAGGAGUUAGAUCUCCGGCAACAAAUCGCGGCUCUGGAGAAGAACGUCGAGAAAGGUGACGAAGAAAUCUCAAGUCUCCGUCGAAAUAAGGAGGCUUCUGAAGAGGAGCUUUUCACAAUACGUAACAAAAUGACACAAAUGGAAUCGACGAUUCGCGCAUUGGAGUCACAGAAGCAGAACUUUAAAGAGCAAUUAACCGAUUCGAGAGACAAGACUGUGGAGCUUAAAGAAGAAAACGUUAAGGUUGCUAGUCAGUUAAGAGAGCAACAAGGCCUGGCGCAGUCCUUGAAAAAGGCUCUUGCAAAGAAAGAGAAGACUGUCGAGGAACUGAACGAAAGGAUUUCUGAGCUUGUAACAGAGCUGGAAACACUCCGCCACGAAGGAAUGACGAUAAAAGUAUCCUGCGAGACUCUUCAAGGGGCACAAGAAGACCUUGGUGUAAGACUGAUGGAGUACGAAAGCAAGGAUGAAACGACUCAGAAUGAAAUAAAGGAGCUUCGUGAUUUACGGGAAGAGCUGGAACGGGAAUUGAAUAUUGCUGUUCAAAAGAACUCAGAACAGGAAAGCCAAUUGAAGAAUUUGCAGCGUGAAAAAGAGAGAAUGAAAUCAAAUCUUGACGAAACUGUCAGGAAGCUUGCCAAACAGUCUGAAGAUGGUUCGAGAGUGCAGAAGGAUUUACAAGAAUAUCAGAUAGUCAUCGAACGGUUAAGAGCUGAAAACAAAGCCAUGGACUCUCAAAUCGAGGAGCUAAGAGCAGUGAAAGUGGCUGUGGAGAGCGAGUUAGCAAACGUUCGCUCGGAAUAUGAAGAAGAUAAAUCAAAGAACGAAACAAACGAGAAGAACAUCCGAGAAGCUGAUGAUGAACUCAAGCGGUGCAAAAAUGAAAUCUCGCGAUUAGAGGACUUGAUAUUUGACAUAGAGAAGGAGAGAAAUACCUUAAAAAAAGACUUGCAGGUCUCUAAUUCUAGAUGUCUAGAGUUCGAAGGCUUGGUUGUGAAGUCUUCUCAGGUCGAAAGCGACCUAAGGCAUGAAUUACAAAGCUACAAUAAUAAGAUAAUUGCUUUGGAAUCGGAAUGCAAAAUGUCUAAGAAUCUAAGAACUGAAAAUAAUCGUGAGAACGAGCUACUGGGAAAGAAGUAUCGAGAUCUUGAUGAAGUAUUUAAGAAAAGCGAUCGAGAAAGAAAAGAAGUGAGACAAGAGCUGAUUAUAACGCAAAGCAAAUUGCAAGACCUGGAAUACAAAUACGAGUAUGAGUGCAAUGAACGAAGCUCACUGUUUAAACAGCUGGAAGAAGCAACUGGUCAACUAUCUGCCGCUCUCGACAAAACCCUCAAUCUAGAGCAGAAAGUCGCAGAACAGACGAUUCUUUUAGAUGUGGCCAACCAGGAAGUCGAUGAGAAGGACGAGGUUAUUCGUCAGCUGAAGAGCAGCAAGAUGUUUUUGGAGGGGCAGAGAGAUAACUUAAAGCAAACUGUGGCGUCCGGAAAGGAAGACUCUGAACGUCUACAACAAGAGAUUACUCGUCUCCAACGCGAAAGCCUUCAGCUGCAUAAGAGGGCGGCUGAACUGGAGUCAAAGCUUUCAAAAAUGGUCGCAGAAAAAGAGCGAGCUCGAGAGGAAGUCAAUAAAUACAAGGACGAUUUAUUUUCUCUCAAGAGUCGCCUGAAUGAGUCACAAGAGGAGAAAGAAGAUCUUGAACACCAACUUGAGGAGUACAAACAAAGCGCUUUAAAUUACAAAAAUGAAGUUUUGACGUUCCAGCGGCAAGUCACAGAGCUCACUGGUCAACGUGACGUGUUAAAGGAGACAUUGGACGCAAAGGAAGGAUCUAUGGGGCAGUUACGAGAGUCUAAGAGAAUUUAUGAGGAAGAAACUGAACGAUUACAAAAUCUUCUAAAGGAAAAGGAAAAAGAGAACGAUUUGUUGACCACAAAGAGGAAGGAGUUGGAAACUAGUUUGAGCUCUGCGUUGCAACAGCUAGCAGAAGCAGAGAGCACACUUAAGGCGAAUCAAGAAACUGUUAGAAGACUAGAAGGGGAAGCAGAUUCUCUGAGAAAUAAACUGGAGGAUAUGGAAAGAAAGCUGACAGAACUCAGAGAGAGGGAAAAUGAAGUCCAACGAAAUAAUAUUGUUUUAAAAUCACAAAUAUCAAGUUUAGAAUCUGGUUACCAGGCCUGCCAAGGGGAUCGUAGCGACCUGGAGGAAGAAACCCAGUCUCUCCGAGAUGAACUGGAGAAAACAAGAAAAUUACGAGACGAAGAGCUUGAAGAACUCGACAAAUUACGAUCCGAGGCGCAAAUGAGCAGAAAUAAAGUGUAUUCUUUAGAAACGCAGAUACAACGAAUUGAAAGAAUCAAGAAUAAUCUGGAACAACAAGUCAAUACAUUGACACCUGGGAGUAAUGACACUAACGGUGAACAGAUCCGUCUCCAAAGAAGAGUCCAAGAACAAGAUAUUCUCCUUGAGUCUCGCAGCAGAGACUGUGCAAGCAAAGAGGAAACCAUUGAAAUGUUUAAGGCGGAAAACACCACCCUGAAAGUGGAUGUCAGGAGUCUGCAGGAGGAAAAUGUUAGUAUCAGGUCAAGUAUAGAAUUGCUUCAACGUAAAAAGGAUGCUUCUGAUAAGGAACUAUUCGAUGCUUUGAAGAAAGGUUCAGAGUAUGAGCUUCGCCUUGCCACGGCACAGGAGGAAAGCGAUGAGUUGAACAGAGAGCUGGUGGAAAAGCAGGAAAAAGUUUCCAGUCUGCAGGAGGAAUUGUAUCGAGCUCUGAAAGAUCUGGCGAGUGUAAGACACGAACUGGAAGAUGUACAAUCUCGCGCAAAAGAAAGUAAAGAUAUAGUCGCUGAUUUACAGCAGCGCCUUGAUGAGAAAGAAACAGGUUUUGAGACAAACAAAAACACUUACGAGGAGAAGGACAACAAGAUUGAUUCGUUACAAUUAGAGGUCAGCACACUAGAACAAGAGCUAAAAUCCUUGACAGAAGAAUUGGGUAACGAGAAGGAAAGACACAAGCACACUCAAGAAGAAAUAGCUAAAUCGCAGACGGAAUUAGAAGCAUGUGAAGCACGUGCAGCCAACUUGGAGGACACUGCAACACGUCUUAGAAAGGAAAAAGAUGAUUUGAAGAAGGAGGCUUUGUCGAAUCAAGCUGUCGUUGCUGAUCUCACAGAGAGGUACCAAGCCUUACAGAGGGAACACGAGGGCCAAGAACACAAGGCUAUGUCACUGCAGCAAAAGCUCACCUACUUAGAGGAAAGAUACAGGAACAUAUCUGAAGAUAAAGACAAACUCAAGGAAGAGUACCAUGUGCUCAAACGAGAUACAUCCGAGAUGAAAAUUGCACUGGAUAGCGCUCAGCGAGAAAAAGGCAAACUUGAGGGCGAAUUGACAGUUGUGAAACAACAGAGCAUAGACCUGAAAAGUAGAGUAACUGUAAUUCUUCAAGAAAAAGACAAAUCUUCUGUGGAAAUCUCAUCCAUGAACACUUCACUAACAACAUUGCAGGCGGACUACAACACGAUUCUUUCUCAAAAGGAAGAAAAGGACAAGGAAAUAGUUGAACUUCAUAAAAAAUUGUCCAAAAAUGUUUUUGAGCACGGUGAAUAUGAAAAAACAAAGGUUUCUUUACAAGGAGAGGUCCAAGCACUUCAGAGAAAGGUGGACGAGUUGGAACACACUGUAGAGUAUUUAGAACAAAAAGACAAACAGCUUCAAGGAGAGUUCAUUGAUUCUCACAAAAAGAUAACAGCACUCGAUCAAGAACUCAUUGUGGCUAAGAACAAAAUUACCAGAAUGGAGGCUUUUAGUGGUGUGGAGAAGGAGAAGAUGAAAGUCCUUAGCGAUGAUCUUUUCAAUGCGGAGCAGAAAGUAGCACAACUUGAAACUGCUUUGACGUCAAGUCGAGAGAAGGAGUCACAGCAACAGAACGACCUCAUGGCUGCUUACAAGAAAGCAACUGACUUUGAGGUGGCUUACCAGACAAGUCAGACGGCGAAGAACCAACUACAGCAGGAUAUUAACAUGUACAGGAAUAAAUUAACAACAAGCGAUCGUAGAUUGCAAAGCGAGAUUAAAAACAGAGCACAGCUUGAAAGCCAACUUCAAGACGCAAAAUUCAAGAUUGAAAAUCUGAAGACAGAGGUGGUGAAACAUCAAAGAAAACUAACCCAACAGCAACAGGAAUAUGAAACCACACAAAACGAUACUGAAAACAAAACCAAGGUUAUUGAGAAUCUUCAAUCAUCUAAGAGGAGCCUUGAAAAUGAAGUCCAUGAUCUUCGAAGAGAUCUCACAAGUUUAAAAUUGACUUCUGAAAAACUUAGUCACGAGAACAAAGAAUUGCAGAAUCAAUUGGAGGUCAGUCAAGAGCGCCUGGCAGAUGUGGAGUCUACCGCUGAGUUGAGCACCAUAGAGAACGACAGACUCAGAACAGAGGUACUGCACCUGGAAACGUCGUAUCAGGAAGCGCAGCUGGUAUGCCAGAUGCUACAGAAAGAAAAAGAAGUUCUUAAUUCUCAGCUCCUCGAGGCUGCUGCCCCAGAUUCGGUAGAUUUUGGAUCGACGGAUGACUCCCUGAAGAAGGAAAAGGAGGAUCUAGAAAGUCAGCUCUCCAAAGUUGAAAAAGAUUUAGGAUCAUUGAAAACUACUCAUGAGGACAUGUUGACAGCGAAAACUAAGGCUGAGGAACAACUGGAUGCAGUGAGGAAAGAACUAACUGACUUACAGUCAAGUUAUCAAACUCUUCGGUUGGAUAAUAACAGAAACGUUCUGGAGCUUGGAAAUGCUAAAAAGCGAUUAAGCGACGUGGAGGCGUCUUGCGAAGAAAUAAAACGAGCUAAGGAGAAGUUGCAAGGGAACUUCACUGACGCAGAAAGAAAGCUGGUCUCCCUUGAAGCAAGUUAUGAAUUGUGCGAAAGCCAGAAAAACGACGCUACCAGAGAGUUGUCAAACAUGGAAAAAAAGCUUGCCCUGUUGGAAUGCUCUUAUAACAGGAUUCACGAUAGGGAGACAGAGUUGGAGCAAGAAAUUCUUGACUCGCACAAGAGGGUUACAGAAUUAGAUUAUGAGCUGCAAGCAAAGAAGGGGCUCCUUGAGGAUGCACAAAAUGUUGUGCAAGACAUGGAAGAAAGGAAUGACGUCCUACAAGUAGAAGUCCUUGACUUGCAAGGGAAGAUUAAUGAGUUGGAAGCCACUUGUGAAAUGUGGAAAGAAAAGGCAAAUAGUUGGGAAGAAGAGGCCAAAGAGGCAGAACGUAGAGUUAACAAUGCGGAAGAGGUUUACAAAUUUGGACAACUUGAGAAGACGGAACAAGAGAAAGAGCUGACCAUCUUGAGAGACAGCAUCUCAACCUUGGAGCGUGAAAUUCAAGAAGGAAUCAGGGAGAAAGAGGAAUUACUAUCAGAACUGGAUGAUUUAAGGAACACUAGUUUCACUGAUCAAGACGAUGUGAACAACCUGAAGACAGAAAUAAAGGAGUUACAAGGAAAAAUCUCGGACAGUAGCCGAGAAUUUGACGAACAAGCGAUCGCUUUAGAGGAAUGUAGGAGACAACGGGAAACACUGGAAGACGAACUUGACAGGCUUAAGAGAGAUUUAUUGGACAAAGAAAGAUCCAACGAGGAUUAUGAGAGAGAAAAUAACGGGAUGCAACAUGAGCUAGAGGUGAUCAAGGAUGAACUAGAAGAAAAGGAGAGGCUACUGAAACUAUGUGAAGAAGAAAAGGAAAAGGUUCGCAAUGAGAUGAUUACAGCACACAAUCUGGUAUGUACACUGCAAGAUGAUGAUCGAGCGAGUGAAGUUCAGACCCUCGUGCUGCAGCAAGAACUGGAGUUCUUGAAGAAGAAAGCUGCUGAUGCAGAGAAGGAAGUACAAGCUUUCAAGACCAAGAAUGACUCAUUGAGGCAAGAUCUUGUUGAUGGGCGCUUUUCGGGCAGCACCGAUCGAGAAUCCGUGCAACAGGAAAUCCGAAGCUUAAGGAAUGAACUCCAAACCAGCACUGACAAAUACCGUGAGCUCGAAAGGUUUUGUAAAGAAAGCGAAGACGAGAAACUCGGCCUUCAAAGAGAGCUGUUGGAAACACACAAGAAAGCAUCAGAAAUGGUGAUGGCACAUCAACAUUGUCACCAAGAAAAAGAAUCAUUCCAGGAUGAAAUAGCAAAUUUAAAGAGAAGACUACAGGAGCAAGGAGAUGCAAUGGAUGGUACUAAAGACGGAGCGCUUAAUCUUCAAGACGAACUUCUGGAUUUACACCGAAAACUCUCUACCACGGAAAGUAUGUACGAUCGUUCUCAAGACGACAACAAAAGACUUCAGUCAGGUUUGGAGGAUGCAGAGAAAAAAAUUAGCACUCUUGAAAAUGAGCUUUUCCUUGUCUCGCGUCAUGAGGUUACACAACUUAGUAAUGCCUCUGUUGACAUUGAGGAGAAAGCUUUCCUUGAAGAAAAGCUGCAUUCUGUCGAGACCAGUUAUGCAGAGUUAGAAGUGACCUACCAACGUAUCGUGCAAGAGAAGAAAGAAAUCUCUGAUGAACAACAAGCAAAAAGUGAGGAGUUAUUUCGUAUUCAGAGGCUACUGGAUGAAAAGACCAAAGAAGUGGAUUACUUGCAAGAGCAGCUGAAUGAUCGCAGCAAUAAAUCAAUUUUAGAAACGAAUCGUUUACGAGAUGAACUAGAAGAAACUCUCGAGAGGCUACAUAAGAGCGAAUCUGAAUUAUCGGCUAAAACUUUCGAGUAUGACCGGGCAGUCGAUGACCAUCAACGAGUAGUGUUUGAGAAAGAAAGCCUCAACAGCGAUCUCAACGCUCAAAUAAGUUCUCUUAAUUUUGAAGUGUCCACCUUGAAGAGAGAGCUGGUGUAUACCCGGGAAAACAAGGACAGCUGGGACGAGGAAAGGAAGAAUUAUAGAGAAGAAGCUUUUAACUUGAGGAAAGAAAAAUCACGCGCCGAUGAAGAACUUCGUCUAAUUAAAGAUGAUUAUGAGAAUAUCAAGGAAAGGUUUUCCGUUAUGAAGACAGAAAAAGGUCAUUGUGAUGAGGAAAAUGGUAGGCUCAAAGAGGAAAUACAAGCGGCAAACCUCGAGAUUGACCACCUUAAACGAGAGAUGUCAAUGAGUAAAUACGAAUAUGACUCAUUUGAAAAUGAAAAGAGCAGCUUUAAGGAAGAAAUUAACACCCUUAAAGUCAGUAGAUCUGAAGUUCAAGAGGAACUUUGGCGGGUGAAACGAGAGCUAGAGAAAUUACAGCGGGAGGCUGGAACUAGAGAACGAGAUCUGGAGGCAUGGGAAAGAGAGAGAUCGACGCUACAAGACGAAAUCAAGACUUUCCAAAGCGAAAAGAUAAGUCUCACUAAAGAGAAUAGAGAACUGACGCGAGAAAUAGAAAGACUGAUGGCUGAUAUAGCAUCCAAAGCUGAAAUAACCGAGGAUGUAGGAAAAGUGAGACGCGAAAGGGAGGAAUUCUUCUACGAAUACACAGUGAUCAAAGAGAAGUACACCAGGAUUGAAGAGGAACGCAGUAUAUUCCUGAUCGAGAAACAAACCUUGGUCCAAGAGAAGCAGAAUCUGGAAUUUGAUCUUAAUGACUGUAAGAACAAGUUGCAAAGGUUUGAAGAGUCUAAUAGUUACUUAGAAGAGGAAAAACGUCGUUUGGAGUACGAAUUGAAAACGGCUCAGGAUCGGCUUUUGAUCGUCGAAAGGGAGUUCGAUUCCAGAGCAAUGGAAAAACAGAAAAUCUCUGAGGAAGUCAGCGGCAUGCGUUUUGAAAUAAGAAAAAUGGAAAUUGAGCUGCAAAAUGCUCAGAGGAAACUGGACGAUGCGAACGAUGACAUCAUCGCCAAACAGGGUCGACUUGAGAGACUGGAGGGAGAACUUGGAGAUCAAAGACGAGAGUGCAAGUUACUUGAGCUGGACCGAGAGCGCAAGGCCAAUGAGGUUAAAAACCUGCAAGACCGGAUUGACGAGCUCGAGCGCGAGAUUCAGAGCUUGCAAGAUGACUUGAUUCUAAGCCACAGAGCAUAUGAGCAGUGUAAGAGACAACUGGAAGACUUUGAAUUGUCUGAUGACCAAACAGAAACAUCCACGCUUCGUGUCGAUGUCACGGAAAGGCCUCAGCAGACAACGACUCUGGACAUUGAUGUGAAACCACAGGUUACAACACUGGACAUCAAUGUGGCACCACAGAGGACAUUUGAAUACAGCUUUACACCACAAACAGAAGAGUCAUACGUAACUCCGCAGACAACAACUGAAUACAGCUCUGCGCCACCGACCUCAAGAACUCAAUUUGACGCCAGACCUCAAAGAACUUCGGAAUACAGUUUUACUCCACAGACCACUAUUACAGAACUCGAAAUAACGACACAAACAACUACACUCGACAUCGACGUCCAAGAACGUCACGAAACGACUGAACUGGAAAUUGAUAUUGAACAAGAAACGAAAAAUGCACCAAAUGCAUCAUGGUCCACCGGACGUGCCUCAUCUUUUCAGGUGUAUAGGGACCGGAAGUAUGGACCUGUGGAAUUUGCUCUCGAGGAAGAGGAGGACGGGGGAUAUGAGAUUGCACAAAUUGAAAGCAGGAGAGAGCCAAGAAGAAGAUGGAAGUCGUACAAUGCAUCAGCCAAUCAGCGACUAUUAACGCUGGAUUAUUUUCGACUGAUUGAAUACAUGGCAAAUUACGCACAGGAAAAAGAACAGAUUCACGAACAGCUCGAACUAGCAAAGGAAACCCUGAACAAAUUAAGGGCGCUUACGGAUCCGAAAAGCGACUCGGAGAAUUUCCAAGGUGUACCGAACGGUGAAUCAACCACAAUGAACGGAGAAAGUGAAUGGGAUGGUUACCGAGAGCUCAGGCAAGACAGCGACGAGGGAGCAAGUUCUGGAGUAGGAAUGGAAUCGCCAAAUUUGGAUCUUAGCCCGCACGAAAGUACAGAUUUUAUAGAAGGUGAUAAAUCACGAGUGGCGCGUGAUAGUCUGGUGAGGGUGCUGGGUCUUCAAGUAUCGAAAUUAGAGGACGAUCUAAAAAUGUCACUGUUGUCCUAUUUUGAACAAAUGGAAGCCCAGAAAGAAGAUUUAAUCUCUAGCUUUGAAAUUAUGCACGCGCAGCUUUUAAGGCAUCAAGAAUCUUGCCAGCAACACCGUGAAGAAGAAGCGGAGAAGGAUGCUUUAAUCGAGCGGCUGAAAGCUGCUAAACAAACACUUGAAACGGAUGUGGAGGCAUUAAAACGAGAGAAUAUGCUACUAAAAGCGACGGGUAAUUCUCGCCCACGUGAAAAUGGACUCCGUGGUUAUCGAAUAAAACCUGGUUACGUUGAGCAUGAUGACCUUAGCGAAACGCUCAUGAAAGAAAAUUCUCGUUUAAGGGAAAUGCUUCGUAAAUACGAAUCAAAUGAUUAUGCUAGACUUGAAAGAAAAGUCGCUCUUCAGGAAAAGCUUUGCGAGUCUUAUAACAAAGACAUGAGCUCUAAAGAUAAAAAGCUUAAUCGCUUGGAAGCUGAAAACAAAGGUUUACAUGAAGAUAUGAAAACACUUCAAGACGAAAUUUUGAGGGUGAAUGCAACACGUUUGAAUUCAGAGCGAGAUAAUACAAAAUUACAGCAAGAAUUGCAGUUUAGCGAGGAGCAAAUAAACACUUUGAGAGAAAAGCUUAGUAGCUCGGAGCAAGAGCGUUUGUAUUUACAGCGUUGCAUAAGCGACGCAAAUUCCAAAGCAAACUUGCCUGAACUGGAGAAAGGCAUUUUGGUGCUACGAGAAAAGUGCGAAAGUUACAGAGAUAAGUUGAACGACAAAGAACGUUUCCUUGAAUCUGUGUGCAAGGAGAAACAAGGAUUCAUAAAAGCGAUCGAAGAGCUGAAAAGAGAACUGGCCGCUGUUCGAGGCGAAGAGAGGUCGCUGAAGAUAGAAAACGAAAGACUACAGAAAGAAAACGCAGAUCGGGAGAUUGAUCGUUUGAGCUCAGAAACGACGACUGAAGCACAAGGAAGUGCAAUUUCUAAAAUGAAGCUGCAUCUACACGAAUUGCAAGGAAAGGUUGAUGAAUUGGAGCGGCAAAAGAGACAACACGAUGACAAAGAAGCGCAGUUAAGUCAGGAUGUUCUCGCGAACUUGGAAAAAUACACCCAAGUUGAGCAACAGUUGUAUCUCGCUAAGAAAGAACUCGCACAAGUACGCGGAUUUUACGAGUCCAGUGAGGAAAAGAAGAGAGAUCUACUAGCAGAGGCUGAGAGGUCUAAAGAAAAAAUUUCGAUUUUAGAGAGAAGGAUACAAUCCAAGAAAGUGAAUGAAGAAGACGAGCAACGAGUUAGUGAUAUUGAGAAGGACGUCCAAGAACUGAACUUGGAAAAUCAAAGAUUGAAGGAAGAUUACGAAACAAGCAAAACAGAAAUCGAAGAGUUGGAAGAAGCAUUGCAAAGCGCACGGGAACAAAACUCUUUGCAAAGAAUGAGAUUAGACGCUCAUGAAACUCUCAUGAAGAGGAAAGAUGAAAGAAUUAAAGAACUACAGAAUGAACUGUUGGAGCUUCACAACCAAAUGGAUGCAUUAACCGAUGAAAUUCUCGGGAAAAAUCGUCAGAUGGAAGGUCUACGAAUGGCGAAGAUGUUGCUGGACCAAGAAUUGGACCUACUAAAAUCUGGAAAAUUACCGAUGCGGUCAACCCAAAAAGAAGGUGCAGCUAAAGAUUCCUGGCCAUUUAACCCCACAGCGGGUCCGGCGAGUCCAGAUAGCGGGUUCUCAGACCUGGAGAGAGAAAAAGCUAUUGACAAACUAAGAAGAGAAAUUCUCAUCCAAAAUAAAUUUCAUCCUCAACAACCCGUUUUGUUCGAGGAAAAUGUGGCAACAAACGAGGACAGUAAAACGAAAGCUGCACUUGCACUGGAAGCUCGCAGGCUUAAAGAAACUGAGAAGCGACUGGCGGACGUCAUUGCUGAGAACGAAGAGCUUAAAGAUCGUGAAGAGGAAGCAAGGAGCUUACAACUUCAAAUCGACUCGAAGCUUCGUAAGAUGAUGGAAGAGAACAAGGAGUUGAGAGAAAAGGAGAUGUUACUCGCGCAAGCAUUGAAGGAAAACCACAACAUUAAAUCACCGGUGGAAAAUCGCGUGCAGCAAAAUAACCCGCAGCAGGAGAAACUUGAAGAUAUUUUGCUUUUUGUCGACGAGCCGAUAGAGACAGCCAUUUUACAACCUGUUGUGGAGGCAGGUUUAGAGAAUGAUGUGGAAUGUUUAGAAAGUGAACCUGAUGGAACACUCAUAAAUUUUGCCGAUGAACAAGAUGGUCCGUCUAUGAAACCUGUGAUCGAAGGUGUUGAUGAAAUUCAAACCAAUGAGAGGGAGCUGGAAGGUAAAGUUCGAGAUUAUGAAAUAAGUCUGGCCAAGAUGGCAGAAGAUAAGGAACAAUUAUUGUCAGAAUUAUCAAAAACUCAAGAAGACCUAAAAAUUAUGGAGAAGAAUUGUAUCUCUGUUCAGGAAAACAAAGACAAUUUUCAAAAGAUAAUGCAAGAGGAACUAUUUGCAAAAGAUGAAGAGGUUGCCAAGUUACAAAAAGAGCUGUCCGCGUUAUGCAAUGAACGAGAGGAUCUAAAAUCCUUUGUAAAUAGCUCCAAGGAAACAGGUUCUCACGUUGAAGAAGAGUUGUUAAGGGCCCAGAAAAUUAUUCUGGAUUUUGAAAGAAAUCAAGGACUUUCACGCGAGAGAGAACAAUCUCUGCAAGAACUACUUCAUAAAUCAGAAGAUAGCAAUGCAAAUUUGCAGGUACAACUAAGUGAAGCCCAGAAACAAUGCCGAAAUGCAGACCAAGAUGCUAAAAAUUUGCAGCAGCAGAUUCUUCACUUGCAACGAGGUUCUGUAGAAUUGGAACAAGAGGUUAAUGAUUUGCAAAAAAUGCUCUCUGAGGUAACAGAGAAGGAAAGGGCUGUAUCUGAACAGCUUGAGAAGUGCUCCGAUGCCCAGGAGAAGCUGCAAAGAGCACAAGAAGUUAUAGUGGAGCUGGAGAGACAACAGGAAAUUUCACGCAACACAGAAGAAACCCUAAAAGCAAAUUUAAACCAAUCUGAAGAGAGCUAUGCCAAUUUGCAAGUUCAGGUGGGCGAGAAGGGGCGUGAGUAUCAGAGUAUGGAACAAGAGGCGACAGCGUUAUUACAAGAAAUCGCUCUUCUUCAGGAGGGUUCCGCAGAAUUAGAGAGGGAAGUGAACGAGUUACGAGAAAAGAUGGCUGAAGGAGAAGAGAAUGAACAAAAAGCUUCUGAGAGUUUGAGAAAUUUGCAAAUAGAAAACGAACACUUGCAAGAACAACUGGUGAAGGCCAAAAACAGUUUAGAAACUUCACUACUGGAAAAUAAAGAUGAGAUUUUAGCGCUGAAAGAAGAUAUCAGAGAGAAGGAAAAUCAGAUAGAGCAACUUCAAGACGAAUUAAAUCUCUCUGAACAACGAUAUAGUGAAAUUAAGUCGUUAUCGAGCAACAAUCAAACCGAGAUCUCUGAUCUUCAUGCAGAACUCAUUGAAACCAAAGAGCAAUUUUACACGGUUUCACAAGAAAAAGGAAGACUUAUCCACAAUUUGAAAGAUGUGGAGCACACCAUUGCAGAACAAGAUGAAAAGAUCCAAGCUUUGGAGUUGGAGAGGAAAGAAAAUAAGAAGAUUAUAUCUGAGAAAGAGAACAAAGUGGAAGAUCUUGUCGAUAAGCUUGAAGAUUACGAAAGUGAAAAUAGUAAGUUGGGAGCAGAAAACGAACGUCUGAGAGAAAAAUUGGAAGAAGCAGCGGAAACGCAAAGUGAAAUGGAACGAUUACUGGCUGAAUCUAAAUUAGAAACGAAAGAAUUUGAGCAGCAGCUAUCAGCAGCUCAUGAAAGUAUAACAGAUUUAGAAACAGCUUUCGAGAGAGGCGAAGACAAAAAUGCCCAAAUUGGGGAAAACUUGCGCGAGGCCAAAGAAAGAAUUGCAAAACUUGAAAUGCAGCUGGAUGAGUCACAAAGAGAGAGUAGGGCAUUCGAAAGAGAUUAUAAUGAUAUAGAGAAGGACCUUGAAAAAGCACGCGCGUCUUUGGAUUCAAGCAAGGAAAAGAUUGCAGCUUUGGAGAAAAAAUUGAGAGCAGCAGAGGAGAGUAUUGCAGAACUUGAAAUGGCUAGAGAUAAUGGACUAUCAAACGAACAGUUCUUACAGCAAAAGUUUGCAAAUGCAAAGGAGAAAAUUGACAAAACCGAAGCAGAAAACAAUGACUUGAAGGAGAGACUGACAAAGAUGGAGAGGAAGUUCAAUGAUUCACUUUCCAAACAACAAACACUUGCAGAUAAGAAAGAAGAACUGGAGAAGACAACCAAUGAAAUUCGCCACGAGCUUGAGUAUGAAAGAGAGAAACGUUUAACUUUGAAGCAGAAACUCGAAACCAGAGAUAGAGAUAAUGAAGUUAUUCAAAGAAAAGUGAACUUGUUGGAGAAGAGUAAAGCCGAGAAUGAGGACAUUCAACACAGAGACAUGGAAGAAAAAAACAAGUUGCGGGAAGAAUUAUCGAGGACGAAAAAGAUGUUAUCCGAAUUGGAAGCAACAAGAGAAAAUCAAGAAGAAAACAUCAACGAAAUGGAAGAUUCGUUAAGAGAAAUGCGAGGGAAAACUGCCUCUCUUGAGCAGAGGCUGGAAGAUGCUACACGAGAUAAUGCAGACCUACAUGAGGAACUUGAAGAACUUAACCGAAAGUUAAAAUACUCGAAGGAAGAAAACUUAGAAUUGGAGAAACGCUGGCAGAAACAGAAAGAAAUCAGUGACGAAUUCAGGAAUAAUUUAGCAGAACGCGAAGAGAGCGCUUUGAACUCAAACUACAACCGUGAUGCAGCCGAACGAGCUCUGCAGUCUGUGAAGAAGGAUCUCGCGCGCAAAGAAGCCAAGUUGAAAAUGCAGAAAGAACACAUUGAUGACUUGGAAAAUGAGUCUGAAAAAGUCAACAAGAAACUCAGGGAAACCGAGUUGUCCUACAAGAAAGUAAAUAUCGAGAAUGAAAGGCUUUCAAAAGAAUUAGCCGACACAAAAGCCAAGCUAGCGAAGUUGGAGGCGAUGUAUAAAGAGAAAGCAAACCUUCCGACGGAUUCCGAAGUUGCGGUCGCGAGAGUGUCGGAGUUGCAGUCUAAUCCGGAGAGAGCAGAUAAAUUGAUUCGAGACUGGUCCGACAAGUUAAGCACCGCUCAAAUCAAAGUAACCGACUUGGAAAACGAACUCCUAAAAGAUAUAAAGAAACACGAAAUAAGGGUGCAAAGGACAUCAAUGGGAACAAAAGAUUGGAGGCGAAAAAGCGCUGAUAAUCUGUCAGAGUACGGAAGGCCGAGCAGAGCACGACAGCGGCCGAACAGGAGCCGAGACAGCUCCGUCGAUUCACUUCGAUCAACUCAGUCUAUGUUCGACUUUUUCGACGAAAGUAGUGUACUUAAUGAAGACAGGGCACCCAGUAAUUUAUCUAGGGAGGAUAUGCCAGUGGAAUCAGAUAAUGAGAGCACGAUUGGUAUCCCUGUUGUGAAUGUAAUUCCAUGCGAUAGUGUUACUGCUGAUAAGGUAAAAACAAACACACCCAAACAAGAACGUUCACAGAAAUUAGACGAUGAUAGCAGGGAAGUCUCUGGUGUCCAAUUUAAUAAACCAGUCAGAGUAGAUACUCCUGAUACCCCAGCUACCGAGGACAUUAUUGACAUUAUAGAGCCACACAUCGAUUUCACGUCACCAGUUCUCGAAAAUUCGCCAGGAAAGCAAACAGCUUCACCAGAGAUGGCAGAAGAUCUGUUCGAUAUUACUCGAGAUUUACCAGAUUUCCACACCGAUUACAGCCACGCUGACAUGACUGAAUCGCCGAGUGAAAAACAAACUGCAGAAGACUUCGCAGACGAUCUGAUUGACGGAAAUAACUCCUACAUUGAUUACCAACGAUCAGCGGUCACUGAAUCUCCACCAAGUCGAGCAACUUUGACGCAUACGCCAGAUGAUGGUCUUGAUUUAGGAGUAGAUGAUGCUGUUACCUCGCAGAUCGACUAUGAACCGUCACAGGAAUACCAACAACCGCUGUUGAUUAAACCACCUUCAGAUGAUCUGUUUCAGUUUGAGUCCCAGGCCUCUUACACCUCCACCCUGACAAACGUCACUGACCUGACUUUGCAAUCACCAUCUCCCCCUGUAUUUCCUGAGCAAACUCUGCUGGUCUCGUUUGAUCCGUUAGAUCUCCCACAACCUCAGUCUCAAGACAAGAACGAUGAAGAAAUCCUCGAUCCCUUUGAGGAACUAAUGAGAAUGAGAGAAAACCAACAGAAUGUCGACGGCAAAGCAACUGGCAUAAAUGACAAUGGUGAUGUCUUUUUUGACAUCACAGAUGACUUACAAAGCGACGAUGCUGAUGUCACGACGAACGAUGACGUAGAUAGUGUUGAUGUUGACAUCACUCACGUUAAACCAAACAACAACUCCUACACUAAUCACAAGACGCUCGGCGACGUCAUUAACUCGCCGAAAGAAUCCGCUCCAGGCCCUUUCAACACUAAAGACAGAAGGGUUGACGGAAGGCAGCCAAGCAACUCGCCAAUUGGAAUUGGCGAUAUAAAUCAUGUGACAAGAGCUAAGGGUAAUGUCGUCAACUCUCAAGAAAUAGCUGAACCGGGACCAGUCCCUCAACCAAGGAAAAUUAAAGACAAAUUAAAACCUGCACUGUUUCCUCGAGGGAGCAAGAAACAGAAGAAAGAAAUAACAGAAGCUCCGCAGUACAGUGUUAUGAUUAUGGUAGACGAUGUAAUUGUGCCAGCGCCUUCAGACAAAAAUUCAAGCUCUACUCGCGAGGAAAAGACGAAGAAGAAGCGAAAGGCUAUGACUGCCAACAUCGAGCAAGGUGACGAGAUUUUUAAAUCACCGAGUGAAAUAAGGAGAGAGUUGGAAGAAGCCAGUAAAGGUGGCCAAUUAAAACAAACUACAUCCAAACAAAAUGAACGAAAACAGAAGCAGAAAGUUACUGAAAAAAAAUCUAAUCAGUACCACAUUGAGGAAAAGAAGAAAGAAGUAGUAUUGGAGAAGGGAGAAUCUGAAGAUCAGGAUGAGGCAAUGGGAAAAGGACGGCUCCAGAAAUUAAUAGCAGCUUUUGAUAAGAAAUAGAAUUAAUUUUUUUUUAAAUCUUUACAUUUGUUACAACGGUAGAAAAUGUGAGUCUUUAUGGAGCGAAAACACAUUCUAGCCAGCCUGGGAAGUUGGUAAAAAUUUUACAAAAUAAUAAUUCAAAGUAAUAUCUUUCAACAACGUAAAACUAAUUUUUUAUUAUUAUUGUUCUAUUUGUAUAUAAAUUGUAAUGUAUGGAUAAUCUCCAAAUACCCAUGGCCUCAAAAUAAAUUUGAAAUGAAAAUUAUCUUUGCAAAAAAGAUCAGGGCAACCUAAAAUUCUACUGAGGAGAAAAAUUUGUGCUCAAACCCAAAUAGACCCUAACAUCAGUGUGCAUAUUCUCCAUAGAGUUCUCUACAUAUUUACUAAAAGUGCUGACAGGGAGAAUUUGUUUAACAAUCAAGAGCUCCUUAAAUUUGUGAUAAUUUCUUUAACCCUUUAACUCCCAUGAUUUUGUUAGUAAUUCUCCCUACUGUCUGCCAUACAAUUCUUAUGAUGUCAAUUUGGAGAAUUUGGUAUUGGAUCAACUAAUGAUCCCCUAAUUGAUAUUUUACUUUAUUCUCAUUACUUCCAUGCUUGAUAUUGUAUUGAUAGUGUAAGGAGAAAUUCUGCCUUGGUCACUCCUGGGAGUUAAAGGGUUAAUUCCUUUAACCUUUGUGCGUGAUUCAGCAUUGAUACUGUAAGGAGAAAUUAGAUGCUGGUCACUUUUAGGAGUUAAAGGGUUAAGGAAAAGUAGCAAUGAAACUUUCAAAACAUUACUUUGUAUAUAGAGGUUAUUGAAUCUUUUAUUUGAUUCAGUUUCAAAAUUUUUAUUUUACAAAUAACUAAAAUCAUAGAGAAAUUCAACAGUCUAAGUGAGCUCUUCAAAUAUUCCACUCUGGGACCACAUGCAAAGGAGACUGAUGUGAAAUUCAGCUUGUGGGUUUCCAAAGAGUUUCUGUUCAAAAAAUAGAGUACAUAUAUUUAAUAUUCAUCGCUUCAUGGGUUUAUACAGAACCAACAUAAUGACCAGCUCCCAGUUGGCUUGUUAGCUUAGUCGAUAGAGCACUGCACUAGUAUCACAGAGGUUAUGGGUUCAAAUUCUGUACAGGCCUGAAUUUUUUUCAGGCCUUAUUUUCACUACUGCUCAAGUAGUGUUCAUUGCUGCGAAGAUCGCUUUCAUAUUCACAUCUUUAUCUGCAGUUCACAUGUAUGGUUUUCAUAAAUUCACAGUCAUUUAGUACAUAUAAUGUAAAUAUUUUUAGUCAACUUAACACAGUUUAGAUGCUGAUACUUUUUCAUUUAUAUUUACAAAGUAAGACGUAUUUCAUAAAUGCAAGAAAAUGUUGUACAAACAAUUAAUGCUUGAUUGUGUUGGCCAAAUUGAGAAAUUUCACUUAAACAACCAAGAAGAUUUUUCACAGAUCUGAAACUUAAUUCUUCUGACUUGUUAUAGAAGGCCAAGAAAAAUCUAAAAUAAUCCUAUAAAAGGGGUAGGCUUUUAUAGAAACUGUGCUCCUGCAUCGGUGGGGGAGUAUAACAAGAUAAUCUGGUUUUUUUAACUGAGUUGAUGAUGCAAAUUGGCCACCAUAAAGAGGUUCUAAAGUUGACGUUUCAGUGUUAGCCCCUCUGUCAGAGCUAAUGCUCAAAAUUUCAGCAAAAAUAAUUAUAAGUUGAUGGUUACUAGUAUUUUGUGGCAAUGGAAGAUCUUACGCCAUUGCAUUGAAUAACACAGAGUAUGUUACUUCAACAGUUACAUUGUAUAUAUGGCACUGCACAAAAUAUAGUGAUAGUUUUUUACAGGAUCAAGUUUCAUUGAGUUUGUUAAGAUAGUCUUUGAAUAAAAAGAGGAAAUUAA